AUGAACGACCUGCUAAAGGAUUCUUUUGAGAUCCCUCGGGGUCUAGCAUCUAGAGAUGGAGAUAUCGAACUAGGAACAAAUGGUUCAAUGAAUUCUGGAGAAUUUGGUUUGGAGAAUUUCUUUAAAAAGGUUCAAGAGAUUGAGAAGCAAAAUGAGAAGCUGGAUAAGCUCCUAAAAAAACUCCAGGAUGCACAUGAGGAGUCCAAGGCUGUGACUAAGGCUCCUUCAAUGAAAUCAAUCAAGCAGCGGAUGGAGAAAGAUGUCGAUGAAGUUGGAAAAAUUGCUCGUUGGAUAAAGUCAAAAAUUGAAGAACUCGACAAAGAGAAUUUAGCAAAUAGACAGAAGCCUGGGUGCGGAAAAGGAACAGGUGUAGAUCGAUCCCGAACAGCAACAACCCUUGCCUUGAAAAAGAAAUUAAAGGACAAGAUGGCUGAAUUUCAGACUCUAAGAGAAACCAUCCAUCAAGAGUAUCGGGAGGUUGUUGAGAGGCGAGUUUUUACAGUAACUGGCACACGAGCUGAUGAAGAGACAAUUGAAAGAUUAAUUGAGACAGGAGACAGUGAACAAAUUUUUCAAAAGGCAAUCCAGGAACAAGGACGAGGCCAGAUAAUGGACACUCUAGCUGAGAUUCAAGAGCGCCAUGAUGCGGUUAGAGAUCUUGAGAGGAAGCUUCUUGAUUUACAACAGAUAUUUCUGGAUAUGGCGGUGUUGGUGGAUGCACAAGGGGACUUACUUGACAACAUAGAAACCCAGGUAUCGAGUGCAGUAGAUCAUGUACAUCAAGGGAAUACUGCUCUUCAGAAGGCGAAGAAGCUACAGAAGAGUUCCAGGAAAUGGAUGUGCAUUGCGAUCCUCAUCCUUCUCAUCAUUGUUAUAAUCAUUGUGGUGGCCGUGCUCAAGCCGUGGAAUAGCAACCAGGGUGCAUAG